UGAUGGCAAAGAAGUGCUUAAAAACGAGGCUUUAAUACCAUUCUCUAUGGGUAAGCGUUCGUGUGUUGGGGAGACGUUAGGACGAGUGGAGUACUCCUUGGAAAUGCCAACUAAAAAGCUAACGGUGCUGUUUGUGCCAGCUAACUUUGUGGGCCUAACGAUGUCCAGCAUAGGUGUGGCCGAAGUGCUGCGAGACGUCGGUCGACACCACUGUGUGUUUGCCGUCAAAAGCGAGUGGAAGUCACGGCUCGAGUCCAUUGGGUUUGAGGUGAGACUCAUUGGACAGCCGCCGGUCGGGGACAGGGAUGUGGUUGUCUGGGAUUCUGCCGAUACUAACGUAGAAGAGGUGUCGCGGGAAGGCAUUCUGGACGACACGACACCCCUGGAAAAGGCUAUCAAUUGUAAUGUCAUUAUUAUGGACGUGUUGUUCAAUGAGAUCCGAGAGACAGAGCCCUACCUGAAGGCUAUUAUAGCGGACCUGAAACCAGAUGUCAUAAUUAGCGACCAUUUGGUGACACUUCCCUCUAUAGUGACAUCGGGUAUACCCUGGGUAUUCAGUUGGAGUAAUAGCCCCCUAUCGCUCGACUAUGGGUAUGAGGAUAAACGCCUCCCGCCCUCUGUUUUAGGUUUGCCGACAAAUAGUGAGACAGAAGUGAUGGAGAAAUACAGACAACAGAUAAAUGAAGCAAAAGGUGAGAUGUGGUAUAGAUAUAGGGAUCAACUCAUUGCCAAUGGAUGUCCGCCACUCAAAGAGUUUCAAAUGUGGACUCCAUCCCCCUUUGCCAACAUUUAUAUGACACCUAAGGAACUGGAUUAUAUGGAUGUCAGACCACUUCCCGACAAUUUUCAUGGAUUUGAUUGUUUCAAACGCACCGGAAAUCAGGACACGUUUGAAGUGCCGGACAGUCUUAAGAAUAGGUCCGGAAAACUGAUUUACUUAUCGUUAGGUUCUAUGGGUUCUGGAAAUGUAGAGCUCAUGAAGAGAUUGGUUGCGAUUUUGUCCAAAUCUAAGCACCGGUUCAUUGUCUCCAAAGGUGUCAAUCAUAAU